AUGAGAAUAAUUUUAUCGUUUCUGACAAUUUUCUUCGUAAACGCAUCCAAUCAAUAUUGCAAUGUGCAUAAUAAAGGAGUCAAUUCAGGGUUGGCCAAUUAGCUCUGCUCACUCCCUUAAUCAAAUCCGAAAUCAAGUUGCAACUGGCUAAAUUAGCUUUGAAGGAUCUUAAUCAGCCUCUAAUAUGAAUGUUAUACAUUGGAGCAAUGGCUAUGCCAAAAUGGCUUAAACUUGUGUUGAAAAGUGUCCUCUCAAGGCUUCCACUUGCGGCUAAUUUUAAAAUUAUGGAGUGCUAUUUUUUAAGAGACACUUAAAUCAGCAAAUGAGAACCAAUUAAGUUAUGGAAAAGUGGUUUAAGGAACCUGAAAACGCCAAAUAAUUACUCACAGCCAGAUCUAGUGCCUUUGGAUGUGGAAAGGCUGAAGAUAAUGCUUCUGAAUAUAUAGUAUGUUAUUUCGACGAGAAAUACACUGGUGCUAAAUAAGCAUUUUUGGCAGGACCUGUUGGAGCGAGUUGCAAAUUAGGUCGUUCUAAAAUGUAUAGUGGUCUUUGUGCAACAGCUUCUUCAUAGACUUUGAUUCAUCAAUCUACGCACAUCAAGAAUAAGAAAUAAAAGAAGUAGAAGAAGUAGAAGGCCCACAAGAAAAAUAAGAAAAGUAAUGAAAACGAAGUAGCCUUUAUUGCAAUGACAGAUUUUAAAGAAUUUGUUUGAUAGAGUUAUUAAUAUUAAUAAAUAACUAUUAUUAUUAUCAAUAA